AUGAUGUCUGACGAGUAUCUGGUGGAGUGCAAGAUUGAUGAUGAUGAUGAGGAAGAGCAGAAACUGCAACAUUCUCCACCUCCACCACCACAGUUCUCCACUCCUUCUAUCACUCCCCAACCUUCACUCACUCAUGUUGAAAGCCGAGACCCUUAUGGUGUAAACAAACACUUGAAGGUGGAAUUCAGUGAUGUGUUAGCUGAGCCUAUGUCAGUGCACAGUUACGAUCGUGUGUGGGUGUACAGCGGAAUAAGCUUUGAGUCUGCCCGUAUCUGGGGUUACCGCUGUCUCACAGUGCUGUGUGCUGUACCCGUUUCGCUCCUGUCUGGCUGUCUCUUUGCACUGCUCGCCUGCCUUCACAUCUGGUGUGUGAUGCCCUGCAUUCAGGUGUGUCACACUUGUCUUCCCUGCGUGCGCUCACUAUGGAUGACUGUGGUGAAUAUCUUCAUUGAACCAUUCUGUGCAUCAGUUGCUCGAUGCUGCAGUGGCAUUUACAUCCUGCUCUCAAAAGAAGAAGACUGA